ACAGGUGUAAGAGAAAGAAUGGAUUAUUCAAACUGAGUUGUUCUCUAGACAAUGGAUAUGCAUUGGUCUUAAAUAGUUGACUAAUUUUAUAUUGCUUUCCUAGCCUGCAUUCUCCUUCUGAAACUUGUACCUCUCCACGAAUCCUUGCUUUGUGGCAAGGAUUUGUACUACUACUUCCAACCCUUUCCAGCCACAACUGACUGAGGAUUAUGCAGCUAACUUCAGAGAGGGGGUCACAAAUUCAUUGGAAUCAGUGAAAAACAUACCUUCAGGUGAAGAUGUUUGAAAAAAAAUUCACUACAGGGAACAAUACUUUGUUCCAUGUAGCGUGUGUAUGUGUGUGUGUGCAUACACAUAUGCCUCUCUCAUCUAUCAAGGGAAAAGUUCAAUUAGACAUACUUCAUCUUCUUGAGAAAGAAAGAAUUGAACCUCAUGCUACUACAGGAGAACUACUCUACCUUAUCUAGUACCUAUUCCAGCACAGUGAAGACAUGCUGAGGACUACUUCCAGAAAUCUAGAAGAACUUUCAGUGAGAAACAUGGAAAAAUUGAAACAAGUGGGAAAUGAUGCAAACUAUGUCUGUAACUUACCAGAGGAAAGAGAAGCAUUUUCUCAUGGUUAUGAAAAGGAAAACAAACAUCUUAUACAUGAGUUUAAAGAGCUCCAAUUCAAACAAGAAGCACAAAGAAAGGAGGUUGGAGAAAUGUUGUAUCAAGAAGACUCUGAAAUAGCUCUGAGCAGCCCCAGUGAACAGAUUGCAUACUUACUGGUGGACAGAAGUAAAAUCCUGAGUAAAUUGGAACGUGGGGACGGGGACUCAAAGCCAGAGUCACAAAGAUGUAUGAGCAGUAACCUACUGAAAGAAUUUGCCCAGUCCCAUAAUGAAGACAUAGAAAAAGAUAAAACAUCACAAAACUGCAUAGAGAGAAACGUGGAACAAAUAGCAAAGAGGUUAAGGAUGGUCCAUGAAGAGAUCCGAAGGCUCACUGAUGAACUGCAAGGGAAUGAGAAAGAACAGAGUAAACUAGAUUCUGCACUUGAAAAGGCUCAACUAGAAAUUGACGAGCUGAAAGAAAAUCUGACAAAGUUGAAAGAAAAUGAUUCAGUUGACCUAAAGAAAGCAAAGGAACACAAUCAGAGACUGAAUGAGGAAAUUCUGGCUUUAAGAACUCGGGUUCGAUCACUUGACUCAGAAAAAAAAGUGCUUGGAGAAGUGGUUGAAAGGCUUAAAGGAGAGAUUCGUGAAUCUCAAGAGAAUAAGCAACUUGGAAACCACUCCCCUUGGAAAACUGUGGGUGCUGAACAGAAAGUACAGAGAUCUGCCUCCAGGAAAAAUGAAGGAAAUGACUGUUGGCCACACUUCAGUUCUUACACCUCAAUUUUACAGAAUCUAUCAUCUAAAGAAAAACUGAAAUACCAGCAGCAGCAAGAAGAAGUACAACAACUUCGCCAGAAUUUGCACCGGCUCCAGAUUCUCUGCAGCUCAGCUGAAAAAGAGCUCCGAUAUGAGCGGGGAAAGAACUUGGACCUAAAGCAACAUAAUAGCUUACUUCAGGAAGAAAGCAUUAAGCUCAAAAUUGAACUCAAGCAGGCCCAGCAGAAGUUAUCGGACAGCGCAAGGCUGUGCUCUCCACCCCCAGCAGAGUGGAAGCACUGUCAGCAGAAAAUCAAGGAGCUGGAGCUGGAAGUACUGACACAGGCUGAGAGCCUUAAAUCACAGAACACCCUGAAAGAAAAGCUGGCUCAGGAGAAAUCCAAAGUUGCUGACGCAGAGGAAAAGAUUUUGGAUCUACAGCAGAAAUUAGAACAGGCUCAUAAAGUCUGUCUCACAGAUGCUUGUAUUUUGGGAAAGAAGAAACUAGAGGAAAGGAUAACAGAAGAACAACAAAAGAGGAAACUCCUAGAUCAAAAUAUAAAUGAGCUACAACAAAAAGUGAAAAUCUUACUAGAUAAAGAGAAUAUACUAGAAAUGACCAGUUCUCAGCAGCAACACAGAAUUCAGCAACAAGAGGCCCAACUUAAACAACUGGAAAAUGAAAAAAGAAAAUCUGAUGAGUAUCUCAAGAGCUACCAGGAAUUGUCAGAGAAGGUGUCUGGGUUGCAGCAAGAAAAGGAAGCUCUACAUAAAGAAUAUGGGAAAUUUUUGAAGCAGCUUGAUGUCCAUGUGAGAAACUAUAAUAAAAAAUAUUAUCAUCACAAAACCAAGCUUCACAGAGUCAAGAGUCGUUUCGGUCACGAAGUAGAGCUUCGAGACGAGAGAAUUAAACUACUUGAAAAUGACAUUGGAAUACUGCGGCAAAAAUUAGAAAAGGAGAAGGCAUUCCAGGACCAGGUCACUGCCCAAAAUGAUAACCUGCUCCUAGAAAAUAGGAAGCUUCUGGAGCAGCUCAUGGAGCAAGAAAAAUUGAUCCAUGACGACAAAUGCACGAUAUCGUCUGUUCAGCACAGAGUACUUUUCCUGGAUAAAGAAAAUAAGCAAUUACAGGAAAACAGUCUCCAGCUCACAGAACAGGUUGGCCUCUUAGAACGCAUUAUAAGAAGCAUCCAGACUUGCAGAGGAGAGGAAACAAUACUGACUGGCAUCUCUGAAUAUGACCCAUUGAAUAAAAUCUUGCCCCUACCAAACUCCAGAAUUCUGAAGCUGGAUACAUACAUACACUGUGGAUUCUCUGAAAAAAGAUACAUCACAUCUACGAACAAGUCCAAAAGUCAGAACUAUAAAAUCACUGAUGUCUAAAACUAGACUCAUCAACGCUGCUCACUUAAAGCUUGGACAUGAAGGUGGAACAUGACAUGGAGAAGUUAUAAUAGAUUUCCUGCUGGACAUCAACCAGGAAUCUUCAAAAUUGCUGAUAAAUUCAUUAAA